AUGCCUGUACCACAUCCAGCUCCAAGGUGUCAGAUAGGGGACUAUAUUGUUGCUUUGACUAGAGAAUUCAAAAAGAUGAAGCCAGCGUUGUUUCAUGGUGGGAUUGACCCAUUGAACGUGGAAGCUUGGGUCUUAAGGAUUGAGAAAUGGUUUGAAGUAUUCCCAUAUACCAAAGCUCAGAAAGCACAACUAGUUGCAUUCACCUUAGAAGAUGAUGCCAGGCGUUGGUGGAUGUUGGUUCGAGAUAAGAAUAAGGAUACUAGUUGGGCUUGUUUUCUAGAGAUCUUUUACGAGAAAUACUUCUCGCAAUGUGUACAGGACAGAAAAGUGUCUGAAUUCAUGGAACUCAAACAGGGGAACAAAUCAAUUACUGAAUAUGAGGCUCUGUUUACGGAGUUAACCCACUUCGCACCCCACAUAGUAGAUACAGACUACAAGAAAGCUAGACAAUUUGAGGGAGGUUUGCAUGACCCAAUCCUAGACAUAGUCAAUGUACUCAAAUUACCGACAUAUGUAGAUGUGCUUGAUAGGGCACUAAUAGUAGAGGGUAAUGUGGCUAACCGUAAACAGAAAUUCUAA